GUUUGAUUGAUUUUUAAGAAAGAUAUAGAAACUUACGAAAAUGUUCCUGAAAUUACGCUUUAAUAUUAUUUUUAUUGGACUACUAUCAUUUUGUGAAUAUGUUUCAAGCAGCAAAAAUUUAUAUUUGCCACCAUCAAAUCGAUUUGAUGCUGGUUAUAUGCCACCAAUAAAUCAAAAUUUUUUACCAGAAUUAUUACAACGACCCGUUUAUGGACCAGCCAAUUUUAAUCCACCACGAACUCAUUAUGUUCCACCAAAUUAUUUCCCUCCACCCAUGUACCAAAUACCUAAUCCAUCGUUCCAUACGUAUUAUCCAAUUGAUGUUCCAAUAACGACUCCGCCAUCAGAAAUUAGUAUCACUACAUCAAGUCCAAAUAAUAACCCAUCAACAGUAUCACCACCUGUUGGAAAUCUAGGAUAUCCUGGUUAUCCUAGCUAUCCUAGUUAUUUUCCAGGUGCAUGCUGGUGCGGUGCAUAUCCAAAUCCACAACCAUCGUAUGCACCUCCAACUUCCACAGUUGUUCCGGUAGCGACAUCAACGCCGCAAAGUGUUGUUUCCAGUCCAGCACCAGUAAGUAGUAGUCCAGCACCAGUAACGGUAGCUCCUUCGAUUCAACCACCAGUUUCUUCAUCUCCAGUUGAUGGUGCAGGUCUACCAAGUGGUGAGCAAACGCCUGCUCCUAUGCCUCCGCCACCAUCUGUAAAUCCAUAAAAAUCUAUGUUUAAAACAAGUGUUGUAAAUAUGUUUUGAUUAUUUAUUUAUUUUAAUUUUAU